GUCGAUUGAGCGGGAUAUUUAAGUCGAAUUCAUGGCGCGGGCUUAGCAUUUUCUUAUGGCUAGCGGUUCACGGGAGUUACUUAGACUAUUCGCUGCCACAGUAAACCCACUUUCCUUCAUGUAUUCUAGUUUCAGAUACAAAAUGCUACCACCUUAGCUAGUGAGAUGCGAUUUAUUGAUCUCAACUCUGCUUUCAAAAUGACAUGUGAACUUCAGCAGCAUGUUGUUAAUCUUAUUUUCUGCCAUAAAAAGCAUUUGACAGCUUUAGAGGCCUUUGUACGAAUCAAACAAGAAGACACAAUCACUAAUCUAAAUGAAGAAUUGCAAUGUCAACAACAAACUGAUAAUGAGAGUGAUGGUGAUGAACAACCAGAUCACGAAAACACUGUACCAGUCAACAAUGAUGAAUUGUCAAACAAUCACAGUCAAGAUGAUCAAGUAACGUGUAACAACACAGAAAGUAUAGACAAAGAAGCUACAGAUAAAAUGUCUGUUGACAGUCCAGUAAACAUUGCUGACAAUGCCAUCACAACAACAAACUCCACUGGAGAUACAAACGGAACAUCCAAUGAUAAUAAGCAUAGACUAGUCUCUAUCGAAUCAUUAUAUCAUGAUAUGUUGUUGUUGCCUGACAAUUGUGCCAAUAGUCCGACUAAUGAGAAUGCAUAUUGUAACGCUUGUCAAUUAAGAAAUCAAGUACAAAAUGGAAUGAUCAUUAAUAUGGUCUGCGCUGCAUGUCCUGGUUUUCCUCGCAUCUGUUCAGCGCAAUGCUUUCGUUGGUGGCAUAGUGUACACUUAUCGGCACCAGUUGGCAAUAAUACACCAAAGUCUAUACAACAACCAGAUGUAACUUAUAAUAAUAGUAUGAUAGAGAAAUUUUCAAGAAGUUUAAGUCCUUCCGAAUUUCCACAAUCACAAAGAAUUAAAGAAUAUCGAGCACAUACUAGAUCAUUGCCAUUACUUUCUGCUACAAGUGAAUUGAUCAAAUCAAAUGGACGUAAAAAGAAACGAAAAAAUUACAAAUUCACACGUAUCAAACGACAUCCACAUCAAAGAACAUCAGUUUGGAUGAAACAAUCAAUGAGUAACAAUAAUAAUGGUAAUAAUACUAUUGAUCCCAUCAACACUAUACAACGUAAGCCUGGUCGCCCGCGAAAAACACAAGUCUAUAUUAAUUUUAAAGACCCUGAAUGGACACCAUACAGAAAAUAUUGA